UACAACUUUGAAGCUGAUUCGUUCAGUCCUCACUCGAAUCCAAUAUAAGCUGCGGCCGGCCACGCGCCCGUGUUCUGUUACAUCCCGCCGCAGGAAGGCCGCCGCACCGAUAGACCAGACAAGUUGGAAUUUAUCCCCGCUCCCUCCACCACCGCUCCCGCGGCCGCCGAUUCCCGUGAUUCCGACCUCUACGGCGCCGAUGAUGGCCACCAGGACCGGCGCGGCGGCUGCGGGGGACACGGGCAGCCCGAGCGCGCGGGCGGCCGCGAUGGCGGGGGACGAGGACGCGGGGCUGGCCAAGGUGAAGCUGCUGUGCAGCUUCGCGGGCCGGAUCGCGCCGAGGUCCGGCGACGGCGCGCUGCGGUACGUCGGCGGGCAGAUGCGCCUCAUCUCCCUGCCCCGCGCCGCCUCCUUCGGGGACCUCAUGCGGAAGGUCGAGGCGGUCGACAAAACCACCUCCUCCGCCGGCGGGGUCCUCGUCAAGUACCAGCUUCCCGGGGAGGACCUCGACUCGCUCGUCUCGGUCUCCUGCGCCGAGGACUACCACAACAUGCUGGAGGAGUACGAGAAGCUCGCCGCCGCGGCCCCCGACGGCUCCGCCAAGCUCCGCGUCUUCCUCUUCCCGGCCUCCGGGACCGACUCCGCGGCAGCGGCAGCCUCCGACUCCGCCCCCGUCGACGAGCCCGGCCAGCGCUACAUCGACGCCAUCAACUGCGUCUCCGCGGACGCCGCCGCGGCCUUCCGGCGCAAGGACAGCGUCGCCAGCGCCGGCUCCUCGCCGCACAACUCGGAGCAGGGCGGAGUAGUACUGGAAGGUAUGUCGCCGCGAGCAGUCCCACCACCACCUUCCGUCCCGCCUGAAUAUUUGUAUUCAGCUGGGAGCCACAGCAACAACAACCAUAGCGCCUUCCCGCAGUCGUUAGGAUUUAUUAGUGCUGUCACCGCGCCAGCUCCGGCAGUCGGCAUCCCGGCGCAGAAUCCCGUGUUGCUUAGGACUGAGCCAUCGCCGCUGCAGCCUCAUCAAACUGCCUCAUACGCGCCGCCGGCUCAGGUGGCAUCUUAUGUGCCACAGCACCAGCCGGCUCAGGUUGCCGCUUACGCGCCGCAGCCUCAGGCCGCCUCUUCUUAUGUGCCGCUGCAGCAACCUCAGGUCGCCUCUUACGCUCCGCCGCCGCAGGCUGCCUCUUACGCGCCGCCGCCACAGCUGCCUCAGGUCACCUCUUACGCGCCGCCGCCACAUCUGCCGCAGAUCACCUCUUAUACAUCGCAAAUGCCACAACCCCAUAUGGAGCCACAACAAGUCCAGUACAUCAAUGCGCAGCAACUUGGUCAGCAUGGCGCACCCCAAUCUGUCAAUCUGAUGCCUGUGCAAACGAGCCAGUAUGCGCACACUACUCUGGGAAUGGCCACAGCUGCCACCCAAAUCGGUACUUCCAGGCCUGUUUAUGCAGGUACAGAGCAUGUCUUGGAGAAUCCACAUUUCACAAGGCCAAUGCAAACUCCGGUUGAUCCGAGUUACAGGGUACCAGUAUCACAGCCACUUUCACAGCUACCUCCUUUGCUUCAUAUGACUUUGCAGGCAAGUGAUGCACACACAGUCGGUCCACAGCCGGUAGUCACAACCACAGUAAGCUCACCAGUGUCGACCAGCUCGGGGACAUAUCCAAUGGUGGUAAGCUCCGCUACCGUGUCAGCGGUGAGGUACGAUGACUGCACAAUGUGCCAGAAAAUACUGCCGCAUGCCCAUUCGGAUAACAUGAUCAAGGAUCAGGGAAAUCCUCGUGCUGCGAAUUAUCCUGAUGCUACUCCGGUAUUUUACAGCCUCCAUCAACAGAAUGCAACCAACCAGCAUGUUCCAGGCGCAAGUGCAGCAACACCUGGUAGUUACAUACCAGAACCAAGAGCAGAGAGUAAACCAGGGAUGGCCCAGUUUGAUCAAAAACUUUCUGCCAGGAAUCCUGCAGUGCAAGCAACACCAUCUCCAGCCGCAGGAGCGAUGGCUCAACCCACCAUGGUUACCGUACCAGUUACUUCAAACGGAGUAUUUGUCGGGCAUCCUCCAUACUCCCGUGCUGAAGAUAAUUUCACAUAUCAGCACCCGCAGCAACCCAUUUAUAUUGUGCAGCCAUCGCAAGUUCUGGCGAAUGGAGUUGGUGGCAAUCCACAGAGGAUUGAUGCUACUGCAUAUAAGAAUUCAAAUCACCCAGUAGCAGACCCACUUAGAGGAUAUGCCCGUGAUAUUCCUCAAGAUUAUCCUGGAGCUAUCGACGCUCGGAUGCAAGGAGUUAAUUUAGGUCCCAUUGCCCCUCCAGAAUCUAUUGUGCAAGGAAACUCAGCUAUUCCCCAUGGCGCCGUUGGUGAUAGGAAAAUUGAUAAUCCACCUGCGAUUAUGGAUGGUGGUCCUGUCUACAAAUCUCAAGCUGGAGGGUAUCAUGUGGGCAUUAACAGCGCCUUUCCCAUUCCUUCUUUUAUCCCAGAGGAUAAUACUGUGAGACAUACUGAACAACCACCUCCCCCUCUGAAUGUUGCUGCACAAAAUGUCCAUCCUGAGAUAUUCCAGCGGCCAAAUAUGUUACCCAGUGUUCCUGUCUCCAACAACCUUGGUGUAACCAUCGAGCAGCCUGUUUCAAGCGAAACAUUUCUUGUGAGACCUGCUUACUCGGGUGUUCAGGUUCCUGCUGGGCCUCCUCCAGCGCAUACAGUGGAAAUGCUGAAUCACAUGGUUGCUGAUCCCCAUACUGUUAGUGGCCAAGUUGCAUUGCAGGCUACCGCUGGUACGGAUCGUGUCGACCCUACACGUGAACCAGCUUGCACAGAAUCUCUAUUCUCAAACCAGGAUCCUUGGAAAGCACUUGGAGCUGCUUCUAUAGUUCCCCCAAGACCAAAUAAGUUGGCUAACGGACAUAUUGAUUCUGGAUAUCCAUAUGUGGAGGGCCAUGUUCCUGGAAUCACCAGUUCAAAUGUGGUCACACUCUUAGAAGAAGGCAAUCUUUCACACAUUCAAGAUCCUACUUUCAAGGAUAUCUACCCAGAACCUGCUCAAAUAAGCAAAGGUCAGUGUGGAUACGGAGAAGAAAGUAUCAAACGUCAGUUACAAGCUGUUGCUGAAGGCGUGGCAGCAUCUGUUCUUCAGUCAUCUUUUCCUGAGAAACCAACCAAAUCCUCUGGGGAUCACAUAGAUGCACAUGGAGCUGUAGUUGAUCCAAAAAUUGAGGAUACGUUGAACAAAGAAUCAGACAAAACAAGUCAAGGAGUUCCAAUUCUAGAUGACAUUGAUAACCUUCAGAUAAUAAAGAACAGUGAUCUUGAAGAAUUGCGUGAACUGGGUUCUGGAACCUUUGGCACUGUUUAUCAUGGAAAAUGGAGAGGUUCUGAUGUCGCUAUAAAAAGGAUAAGCGAUCGGUGCUUUGUUGGGAAGGCUUCUGAGGAACAGCGCAUGAAAACUGAUUUCUGGAAUGAAGCUUGCAAGCUUGCAUCCUUGCACCAUCCAAAUGUCGUAGCUUUUUACGGUGUUGUUCUGGAUGGACCAGGUGGAUCUGUUGCAACCGUCACCGAGUACAUGGCUAAUGGUUCGCUUCGACAAGCAUUGCAAAGACAUGAAAAGAUAUUUGAUAGGCGUAGGCGUCUACUAAUUGUGAUGGAUGUUGCAUUUGGUAUGGAAUAUUUGCAUGGGAAGAAUAUUGUACACUUUGAUUUGAAGAGUGAUAAUCUGCUCGUCAACCUAAGAGAUGCCCAACGCCCUAUAUGCAAGGUUGGUGAUUUGGGCUUAUCAAAGGUUAAAUGCCAGACAUUAAUCUCUGGUGGAGUGAGAGGAACACUUCCUUGGAUGGCACCGGAGCUGUUAAAUGGAAGCAGUAACCUUGUUUCUGAAAAGGUUGACGUUUUCUCAUUUGGAAUUGUGAUGUGGGAGCUUAUAACCGGUGAAGAGCCUUAUGCUGACUUGCAUUAUGGUGCCAUUAUUGGUGGGAUCGUGAAUAACAACCUGCGACCUCCUGUGCCCGAGUCGUGUGAUCCGCAAUGGAGAUCGCUGAUGGAGCAGUGCUGGUCGGCCGAGCCGUCGGAGAGACCGAGCUUCACAGAGGUUGUAAAGAGGUUACGGGCCAUGGCGACUUCCCCUACCAAGGCGCAACCACAGAAAUAGACGCCCUUAGCUUUGUACAUGAACGAAGUGAAAGAUAGAGAAGAGAGCGGUAACGCUUAGAGUGGGGUUGGUUGACUACUUCAUGUGGUGCUUUCCAAAACCCGAAAGGCAAAUGUAAAAGCAUGUACACUAGGUGUCAUGACAACAGUUGUUGAAUCUGCUUAUAUAGGUUCCCCUGCUCUA